AUGGCAUUUUCACCCACUGAAGGAGAAUCGAUUACUACAUUGACCAAUCCAACACAAGGCGGUGAACAAUUCAAUGUGGAUGAAUUAGACAUUCAAGAACAAGUAGGGUGCAAGUUCGACAAAAUUACCGAUGUCAUUGUGACUAGAAAGGAUGAGCUGGACGACGAACACCAGUUGCUAGAUCAUAGUGGCGUAGGUGAAGAGGAAAUUCCAGUCGUAGGAAUGAGUUUUGGUUCGUUGCCUCUCGCACAGAAAUUUUAUGCAAACUAUGCAAAGAAAGUUGGGUUCGUUACAAAAAUCAGGAACACGAAUUUCGACAAGACGCGGAAGGAAUCAAAGAUACCGGUUAAUCAAUCUAUUUACUGCACGCGUGAAGAGAAAGCUGUCCACUAUCAUGAGUACCAGGAACUGACCAUGCAUGCUAAGUGCGUCAUUACGGAUAACGACAAGGCUGGAAUAAGACCCAACAAGACGUAUCUAGCACUGACAAACGAGGGGAUGAUGAAUUAUUUCGUUCGAAUGAAGGAGAUCAAUCCCAACUUCUUCUAUGCAAUAGAUGUUGACGAUGCUAAUAAAUUUAGGAGCGCACUUUGGGUAGAUGCAAGGUGCAGGGCUUCGUAUGAAUAUUACGGAGAUGUGGUGUCAUUUGACACCACAUACAGAAGAAACAGGCAUGGUCUGCCGUUUGCAUCCUUUGUAGAUGUAAACCACCAUGAGAAGUCUACUUUUCUUGGCUGUGCUUUACUUGGGAGCGAGGAGAUCCCUAGUUUUGAGUGGGUGUUCACACAGUGGGUGAGAUGUGUCGGGACUGCACCAAGGGGGAUUAUCACUGACCAGUUCAAGGCAAUGACUGGAGCUAUUAGGAAUGUCCUACCUGACACUGUCCACCGAUGGUGCAUCUGGCACAUAAUGAAGAAAUCACAAUUCAAGCUUGGUGCAUACGCUAGGUACGGAGAACUGCAUGCAAUGAUGAAUCACAUUGUGUGGAAUUCUCCUUCGACUGAAUUAUUCGAGUCUGAUUGGGCUGACCUUUACGCGAAUCAACGGAAGUGGGUUCCAAUAUUUUUUAAGAGUGAAUUUUGGGCAGGCAUGAGGAGUACACAGCGUAGUGAAAGUAUGCACGCAUUUUAUGGUGGAUACCUGCAUUGCAAGAGUGGGUUGGUUCAGUUCGUCUAUGAAUACGACAAUGUCCUCGGAACCAAGGAGCAAAAGGAGCUGGAAGAUGAUACUGCGGACUUGAAAGGUGUCAUCCCAUGUAUAGGGAGCACGGGAAUUGAGAGACAGUUUCAGCAGGAAUACACCAGUAGUAUGUUCAGGAUUCUUUAA